CUACUUUGUAUGCCGUGUGUUACCUGUGGUUUCUUUCGGUCGCCUUGUAAUCCCUCACCUCAACCUACAAUCCAUCCUAGAUUCCAAAAAUCAGCAUAAGGAACCAAAUUGGCUGUUAAACGACGUAAAUAUUCUUAUUUUUUUUGUUAACGUCGUAUAAUGUCAUAUCCGAACCCGAUGAACGGAGCACCGUACGGAUAUGGCACGAACGGUGGCAUGCAACCGAAUAUGACUGGCUACGGGAUGCCAAUUAACCAAGGUAAUAUGGGAUUUCAACAAGGUGGCUAUCCUUACCAACAAGGUUAUUCGACUGGUGGUUAUCCUGGAACCGGUUCAGCGUUGCCUUUUCAACAACCUGAAUCUAUGAAUGCCAUGAACACUGGCUAUGGAUAUCCGUCACAGGCCCCAUCAUACACAAAUCCAUCAGCACCGUCUGCUUUUUCUUCUCAAAUGACGGGUUACAAUGGAAUGAUGAAUACAGGUAUGCCGCCUAUGGGUUAUGUACAACCUCAAAGGACCGGUAGUGCCCCAGUACCACCGAUGGGUGGUUUUAUGCAACCACAAAAGACUGGUAGUCAACCGUUUAAUCCAAUGAGUAACUUUGUUCAGCCUCAACAAACCGGAAGUGUUUUGCCUCAAGCAAGUGGUUUCGUACAGCCCCAAAGAACCGGUACGGCUCCUCAAGGUUUCUUUCCUCAGCAAACAGGGGGUUUUAUGCAGUAUCCUGGAACCAAUGGCCAAUCUUUUAAUAAUUUAAUGAAUGGCUAUAUGCAACCGCAACCUCAGAAAACUGGUGGCUUUGGUUCUUUCAUACAACCCCAAAAAACAGGUACGGUCUUCCCGCAACCCACAUUACAACCUCAAAGGACUGGUACAUAUGUAAAUCAGAUUGGAUUCACGCAGCCUCAAGCUAUGGGUAUGGCUCCCCAAAGUACUGGGUUCAUUCAACCCCAACCAACUGGUCCUUUUGCUUCCUUUGUACAGCCUCAACCUACGUCCAUGCAAACACCAGUUGCUCCUUUAAAACCUCAAAAAACCGGUCAAAUACACGUAAGUCAUGCUAUGGAUACUAGACUUUCAUUUAUUACUGCUUCAGACCAAGAAAAAUUUGAGAAGUUAUUCCGUUCCGCAGUUGGUAAUGAGGAAGCCAUGUCAGCGGACAUCGCUAAAGCUAUUCUCGUUCGUUCAAAACUUCCUACGCCCACUCUUUCUAAAAUUUGGUCUUUGUCUGACACUACUCGAUCGGGACAUUUAAUGUUCCCCCAAUUUGUUUUGGCUAUGUAUUUAUGUAAUUUGGGUCUUACUGGAAAACCUAUCCCGGAUAAGGUACCAGAAAAUAUUCUUGGUGAAGUGAAUUCAAUGGUUGAUGCGAUUUCUUUUUCUUUAGAUGAUAGUUCUUCUCAAUAUGCUCAACCAGUUUCUCAAGGAGGUGCUCAACAGAUGGCAGCUCAAAUGUUUAAUGGUUUUCAACAAGCUGCUGGAAUCCCAUCACAGAUUACAGGAAUGUUUCCUCAACAAACUGGCAUACAACCACAACUAACUGGUUUCCAACAACCAAUGAUGCCUCAAAGAACAGGUGGAAUGCCUCCCCAGAAGACAGGUGGUAUGCCUCCUAUGAUGCCUCAGCGAACAGGUAGUAUGCCCCAAUUGAUGCCUCAAAGAACAGGUGGAAUGCCUCCCCAGAUGACAGGUGGUAUGCCGCCCAUGAUGCCUCAAAGAACUGGUGGAAUGCCUCCUCAAACGACAGGUGGCAUGCCUCCUAUGAUGCCUCAAAGAACAGGUGGAAUGCCUCCUCAAACGACAGGUGGUAUGCCACCCAUGAUGCCUCAAAGAACUGGUGGAAUGCCUCCCCAGAUGACUGGUGGUAUGCCCCCCAUGAUGCCUCAACGUACUGGCGGAAUGCCUCCCCAGAUGACUGGUGGUAUGCCCCCCAUGAUGCCUCAACGUACUGGUGGAAUGCCUCCCCAGAUGACUGGUGGUAUGCCGCCCAUGAUGCCUCAAAGAACUGGUGGAAUGCCUCCUCAAACGACAGGUGGCAUGCCUCCUAUGAUGCCUCAAAGAACAGGUGGAAUGCCUCCUCAAACGACAGGUGGUAUGCCACCCAUGAUGCCUCAAAGAACUGGUGGAAUGCCGCCCAUGAUGCCUCAAAGAACUGGAGGAAUGCCUCCCCAAAUGACAGGUGGUAUGCCCCCCAUGAUGCCUCAACGUACUGGCGGAAUGCCUCCUCAAAUGACAGGUGGUAUGCCCCCAAUGAUGCCUCAGCGAACCGGUGGAAUGCCUCCCCAGAUGACUGGUGGUAUGCCCCCCAUGAUGCCUCAACGUACUGGUGGAAUGCCUCCUAUGAUGCCUCAGCGAACCGGAAAUCUUACGGCUCAACCUACUGGUGUACCAGGGCAGUGGGGGUUCAUUAAUACUCCUUUAAGUAAUCUUCCUGGUAUUGAAGCUUUGGGUGAACAAAUGAUGCCAAACGCAUCUGAUGGUAGUUUAGUUCGCAACUUCACUGGAAAGAAAGAAAUUCCUUGGGCCAUCAGUAAAGAAGAGAAGCGUAUAUAUGAUCAAAUCUUUGAUGCUUGGGAUAAAGAAAAGAAAGGUACACUUGGUGGAAAUGCCGUAUUGGAAAUUUUUGGACAAAGCAAAUUAUCUCGUUCUGAGCUUGAGCAUUUGUGGAAUCUUUGCGAUCAUGGCGACAAAGGUUGCCUAGAUCGUGAUGAAUUUUCGGUUGCUCUUCACCUGAUAUACAGAAAAUUAAAUGGUAAUGCUGUCCCGUCUGAGCUACCUCCUGAAUUAAUUCCGCCUUCGACUAGAAAUAUUGAAGCUUCCGUGAAUCAAGUAAAGAAUCUGAUUAAAAAUGAUACUUCAACUCGUCGACCAUUUAGCAAUGAAAACGUUAGCAGGUUGAAGAAAAAUUCAUUCUAUGAUAAUGAUAGCACCCUAAGUGAUAAGGAUGCAACACUUUAUAGAUUCAACGAUUCCAAUGUACCUGCCUACGUAUCUAAUUCAAGAAGAAGGGCUUAUUCUAAAGAUAAGCCCGAUAGUAUGCCACCUACGACCGAUUCGCUUAAUGGACUAAACGACGAGUCGGAGCAUUUAAAGAAAAAUAUCCGCGAAAAAGAGAUAUUACUAAAUGCUUUAGAAGAGAAAAAAGCUGCUCAUUCUGAUGUUUCUAACAACGCGUCCUUAAUUGAUCGUAUCAAAUCCGUUCAUAACGAAAUUAACGAAAUACUUGUUAAGCAAAAAUCUCCAGAAGCAGAUAGCCUACGCACGCGCCUCAACGCGCUAAGUUCGAAGGUAACUCAGCUUGUUUCUGAGGUAACUACUGCUGAUAACAAAUUGGCUGAUCUUUCCUCAAGCAUCCAAACAUCCAACGGGGACAUUGACUUACGAGGUGUUUCUUCGGAAAUGAAUAAUAUCGAACAGCAAAGAAAUACAUCGGAGGCUUCACUCAAGCAGCUUAAAACAUCUAUUGAUUCCAUUGAAUUGGAAACUCGUAAGCAACUGGAUUCUUUAAGAAACAUGGACGAUGAAUGGUUGAAAAACAAUAUGGUGGAUGAGUCUGUUAAAAAAACUGUGGAAGACCUCCCACCACCCGUUGAACCGCAAGAGCGGUUCGUUCAUCCAAAACCUAAUGUUGUUCAACCUGAAUCUGCCAUGCCUUCCACUCUCGAAUCCAAACCCGUAACUGAGAAAGAAGGCUCUUUCGGUGUACCCGAUGUAGAAGACAGAGCUGCACGAAUAAAGCUAGAAGCCCAGCGACGUAUGAAUGAGCGUUUAGCUGCUAUGGGUAUAAAGCCUCGUCAGCAAAGAAACAUUAGUGGUAAUUCAUCGGCAAGCCCUUCAAUGAUUACCGUCGCAAACGAACCACCUCAGCUCAAGGAACAGUUUUCGAAUCUCUCAAUCAACAGUAAAAAAGAACAACCGACCCCGUCUUUUGAUACUGCCCCAUCGGAACAAGGAAAGUCUCAAAAUGAGAAUGGUAAGCAAGCUGAUGAAAAUACUGUAGAUCAUAAGCAGGCAAAGGAUCCGGUUCCUGAAGCUGAAGGCGUCAAAAGAGAUUCUGUUUCUUCGAUAUCGUCGGGAUUUAAUACUUCGGCAGUGAAAGAGGUUACGGCAUCAUCACCUGAGAGAGUGCCUUCAAGAGAUGCUAAACCACCAUCAGUACCAUCCACUGCUCCCAGUGCUCCGUCGACUGAGCAUGUAAGACAGCCGUCUUUGUCUCCUUCGAGUAAUACUCCUGGAAAUAUAUCAGAAGCCAAGAAGACUUCCUCGACACCGUCGCAGCUGCCUUCUGUACCUCCGGCACCCCCAGUGCCGUUUAAUGUGCCAAGUGUUCCUCAGCCUUCUUCAACUCCGCAACAAAAGUCACCGGUUCCUAACGAAUCUGUAUCUCCGGUACCACCUGUGCCUUCUGAUACAUCAAAUAUUUCGCAGUCUUCUGCGACACCUCAGCAGCCGCCUUUUGCGCCUUCAUCUUCAGUGACCAACCCUACACCAACUCCAACACCUCCCCCUGCACCUGCUGUGCCAGUCCCGUCUUUACCUCCUCAAGCUCAGAAGCAAGUAGAUACUUCCACUAUAGAAUCUAACUUGGAAACCGAAGAACGACCUAAUGCAAACUUUCAAGCUCCUUCUUUUGGUGCUGCUCCAGCAAUUCCUGCCGUUCCUCCUCCUUCGGCGCCCCCUGCACCCCCUACCUCAUCUGGAUUUAAUCCUUUUUCGAAGCUUCCGCCUGCUCCAUCAACUCCAUCAGCUCCAAAAACGAAUGGUUAUGAUUCGGACAAUUGGAGCCAUGAAGAUGAAGAAGAUAGUGAAGACGAUGCUCAAUCUAGCAAGGAUGCAGCAGCUUUAGCUGCGAAGUUAUUUGGAGGCAUGGCACCCGUUCGUCCACUUUCUACCUCUCCUGGAAAGCCAAGAUCUACAAGUACAACGCCAUCAUUGACGACUGCCGCUCCUCCUAGUGCGCCACCUACAGCACCACCUGUACCACCAUCUGCUCCUCCUAGUGCACCACCUGCAGCACCACCAGUACCACCGUCUGCUCCUUCUGGUGCACCACCUGCCGCACCACCUGUACCACCAUCUGCUCCUCCUAGUGCACCACCUGCAGCACCACCAGUACCACCGUCUGCUCCUUCUAGUGAACCGCCUGCACCGGUCGCAGCUAAUCCAGGCGAAAGAAGUGCUUUAUUGAAUCAAAUUCAAGCAGGUACUAAAUUGCGGAAGUCGAUAACUAAUGACAAAAGUAGGCCUCUUGGGGGUCGUGUGAUAGAUGGAUCCAGCAAUGAUGAUAAAUCAGCUUGGUACGGUAAUUUGUCUUAAUGCUUACUUGUAUCUUGUUUGAUGAUUAUACUUUGAAGACCUUAGACGAUUUUACGAAUUUUGACUGUUCACACUUUAUUUUAUGUUUUGUUUUGUCAUCAGUCAGUUAAGUUGCUAAAUUAAGCUUAUUAUCACUAUCUAAACUGAUCAUUACCAUAGCGAAUAUUCAAGAUAUAUUAUGAAGCUACGAGUAAAUGUAAAUAAAAUUCCAGUUAAUAUAUUAUAGCAAGGAAUGCAAUCUCAUUUUUUUAACUAUCAC